AUGGGGAAAAUAACCCCGGAACAAAAAUUUAAAAAUGCUAGGGCCAAGAAAGUUCUCUCUGCCCCGAUUAUCAAUAUGGAAAAACUCCUCUAUGAUUCCAGAGAAGUCGAGAAACUCUACGAAGCGCUCGUGAAUGCAGGAUUUUUGUACAUUUCCAAUCACGGUGUCGACAAAAAUUUGAUUCAAGAGAUCAAACGAGUCUCUGCUGAUUUCUACCAUCUUUCGCCUUCAAAGAGAAAGGAGCUUGAAAAUUACGAAGGAAAAUUAGUUCACGACGGCUCUGCUUUCAGCUUGACUCCUUUCAAUGGCUCUGUCGAGAAGGAUGCUUGUAUUGACAUUGAAUACGUUGAUUCGUUAUUUCACAAGUAUAUUGGCGAAAUCACCAGUCUGGCUUUACGACUGGUUUCUUUCUUUGAAAUCGCUCUUGGUCUUAAAAAGGGAAGAUUGUUAAAUCGAGUCGAGCCGCAUGGAGUCCAAAACGCACUGUGCUACGAACGAACUCCUCCAAAGAAAUGGGGCGUCCCAGGCCACUAUGAUAAUGGUUUCCUGACGAUUUUGAUGCAAGACGAUGCUGGCGGGCUUCAAGCGAUGUCGAAAGAUGAGUGGUUCUCGAUUCCUCCCGUGAAGGAUACAUUCGUUGUCAACUUUGGAAACAUGCUUGAGCACAUUUCGCUCGACGAAUUCAAGUGGAACGCACACAACCUACCAGAAAUUCAGCGAAAAAAGAAAGCGAAAGGUAAAGAAUUCGAGGCAAGUGAAGAUGAAACUUUCAAGGAAUGGUUCUUUGUCAAUGUGGUUUCAAGUGAAAAGUUCUUGGACGACAUAGAAUAUGGAAAAAUCUACCACCAUGUUUGGGAAAUGGUCGAGCGAGACGGGCCUUUUGAAAUCGGCGCUUUCAACGAAUUUCGCAAAGAAAGAGAGACCGAAGCUACAGUUGCGGAGACAGAUGGAUCGCCCUCUAACCACCCGAGUUUUUACCAUUUUUAA